AUGUUCAAUUCCACCUUGAUAGAAACUGAUCUCGACGGAAACCUUGUUAAUAAUGGUGAAAUGCCUUUUUGGCUUCGAGACAUCAUUGAGCGAGCUUUCUCUGCAAGUGGCAUCCGAACUAACAAGAAAGUUGCUUCGAAAGAUGCGAUUGCGUCUCUCCAAAAUGUCGAUUUGGCAGACUUGAGUAAUGAUUCUUGUCCAAUUUGCUAUGAAACAUAUACAAUGGAAAAGAACAAAAAGAAGAAAGCAAAUCCGGAGGACGAGGUCAAAGAAUCAUUAAAAUACGGCAACAAACUCGACAAAAUUGCCCACAAGAUGGUACAGAAGGGUGUUAGCAUACCGACUCUGGAAGAAAACAGAGUUUUUCGUGACCCUUACCUUUUCAUACCUGUUGAUUCUACUGCUCAUAAUCAUUUGAGAUUCCCCAUAAUGAAACUAUACACAAAGGAUAGAGUGACACAUUCAGAGAUGUUUCCUGCUCUCAAGCAAGACACACAGUCUUCUGUUGAUACUUCCAAUUGUGAGCACAUCCCUGUAUCAAUGCCCCACUGUGGACACGUUUUUGGAAAGCCUUGCAUAAUAGAAUGGCUUAAUGGGCACGUCAGCUGCCCCUUGUGCCGAAAAGAAGUCGAGGCCUUGAGAGACACUGAUCCACUUUCCAAAAAACUAGCACUCAUCAAAGAAAAUUGCAAUUUCGUGCUCACCCUGGACCCAGAUUUGUUUGUGUCUCACAUAGCCAACUGCCUGACAGACAUUUUCAAUCCUCCUCGCAAGACCAUGAAUCCCCUGGUAGUGCCCUUGACAGACACCACAGUACCCCAAGUAUGGGCGACUCCGCUGUAUCCUCUGGAUAUGGUCGCAGAAUACAAGAGCAAUGCAGCUGACCCACCGUUGAUAUUGACUAGGAAAUUCCCACUUUCGCAUUUU